AACCAAGAGGUAACACCCCCUUGAUGAGGGGCGUCUGACACUCGGUCGUAUAAUAUGGUGGUCUCGCUUGUCCCUCAAGCGCAGGUGCUGUCAACGUCGUUUUGUUCUGAUGGUUUUCUUCGUGUACAUAUCUUGUCGUGUAUAAUCGAGUCGAUUCAUAUUAAACUUGAGACUCAUUUCCACUAUUUUAUACUAUACCAUUCUAAUGAGCGUAUUAAGGCAGAAGGUCUUGGUUCAUAGGAACUAGACACUGGUUGAAUGCGCAAUUUUUGUCAGAUCUCAGAACUCUUGGCAACCAUUUCGUCAAAACGCAUCGGCCUUUUCCAUUUGUCUAGUCGAGGCAGCCUGGCAAUGAGUCAGUAGGAAGAAACACCAGCCAAGAUGUCCAGCAAGACUCUUUCAAAGCGUUCGAACUUGUCAAUAUAUGUGUUCGCGACUCUCGUGAUAUUCAGCAUCAUCCUGUUUUUCAAACGGGAACACCUUUCGCAGCAACUCGCAAUACCAGAAGGAAGAAUUGUCUACCAACAGGAUGACCGGCCAUCUGGAAGCCUGUCCGAACCAAUAGAGACUGAUACCGUGAACGAGGAUGGAGUACUUAUAAUAAGCCUCACAGGGCCAGUGGAGCGCAACCUAACUAAAACUAUCAUCACGGGACACACAAAAGAUGAAAAUGUUGAUUGGAUACGCGAAGGGUUCCAAGAACCGGAAUACCGUCUUCGCGUGUACUCGGUGGAUGACCCAGAGUCCAAUGAUCUCCAUACACCUAUCAACAAGGGUCACGAAGUCAUGCCAUACUUGACAUACAUCUUGUCGCACUACCAUGACCUAUCGGACAUCAACAUUUUUCUUCACCCGCAUCAAUUCGCCUGGCACACGUGGGAUGCGAUCAUCCCGGACACGGCAGAGUUGCUCCACCGCUUCAACAUGGAGCGCGUGGAGCGCCUAGGAUAUGUAAAUAUGCGUUGCAGAUGGAAUCCAGGAUGCCCAGCACACAUCGAUACGCAGAGCCUCGAUGCGGCUGCCGAUAUGCCUGAAAUGGCCAUCUUCGCAAACUCCUUUAUCGAGCUAUUUGGGCAAGACGUUGAACUCCCAGCGAUGAUGGGCGGCGCAUGCUGUUCGCAGUUCGCUGUGACGCGGGAACGCAUCCAGAGCGUGCCCAUUGAGCGCUAUGCUGCCAUGAGGGACUGGGUAAUAACAACUCAUCUCGAUGAUGGGCUGGCAGGAAGAGUAUUUGAGAGCUUGUGGCAGUUCCUGUUUCUCGACGAGGCCGUUCUUUGUCCGAGAGAACAUCUGUGCUAUUGCGACGCGUAUGGAUUAUGUUUUGGUGGAGAAGACGAGUUCGCAGCGUUUGGGUGGUUACAAGAUCGCAGGUCCGAGAUAGAAAGGAAAGCAGAACACCUAGGAGAAUCCAUGAAAGAGGAGGAGAAGACACAGUUGAGUGCCGUAUCGCCUGAAGAUAUCCAAAGAAGUAGAGACAAGUUAGAAGAGCUUCAAACCGAACGACACAAAGCUAUGAUGGAAGGGCAGAGAUUGAGAGCAAAGUAUGAAGAUGCGAUCAAUAAGGCCUUUGAUAACGGCAAAGAUCCGAGCAAGAAGGCUGCAGAACUUCGCACAGGUUGAACAGGAUAGAUGUUUUAGUAAAGAAAGAUAUCCAGACAUCCGA